AUGGUUGCUUCGCCCAGCCGUCGCGGCUUCAUCUCGACAAUAUGCCUUCUCCUCGCCGCCACGCUACUGCUGCCCUGUCUCGCCGCCGACUAUGAACAGCAGAACAUCACCGAAACCCCCAACUACAAACUACUCCCUGGUGUCGCGUCGGUCCCAGCGCCCCUCUCUGUUGCGCCCACCCAGGACUGGAUGGGAAUUGAUGGCGCAUGGAAUACGUUUUUCGUGCGCAUGGGCGACCCUGGCCAGCCUGUGCGACUCCUGGUCUCCACCGCCAGCCAGCAGAUCUGGGCCAUCAACUCCCUCGCCUGUAUCGUCAACGUUACCGAUCCUACCACGGGCAACAUUACCGAAUUCAACGUCCUGAAUACAGACUGCCAGGAAAGCCGUGGCACCUUGUUUAACACCACUAUUUCCAAGAACUGGCAGGAGAAGGGAUACUACCAAUUAUGGAUUGAAAAAAACCUGGGCCUCACAGGCAAUGGCCUGUAUGGCUUUGACUCGGUCGGAUUGGGAAUAAGGAGCGACGCAGGCCCGUCCGUCGCCAAUACAACAAUCGGCACCUUGGUCACACCAAAUUUUUGGCUCGGCCACAUCGGCGUGCAUGCGAAACCCACAAACUUUUCUUCCUUUGAGGAUCCUGUUCCAAGUUACAUUAUGGAUUUGUUCCAACAAAAAACCAUACCAAGUCUAUCAUUUGGCUACACAGCUGGCGCCCAGUACCGCGAUCAAACCAUUCUUGGAAGCCUUACGCUUGGCGGAUACGAUGCUUCUCGCCUUAUUCCCAAUGACCUCACCUUCGUCUUUGCACCAGACAACGAGCGCGAGCUGGUCGUGGGUCUGAUUGGCUUGAGUGCUAGUACUGCAAACCAGAAAGACAUUGAUCUCUUGAGGGGCGACAAUAUUACCCUGUUCAUUGAUUCGACUGUCGCAGAGCUCUACCUCCCCGUUGAGAUUUGCAAAGCCUUUGAAGAUGCGUUUGGAUUACGUUAUGACGAGGCUACGGAUCUCUACCUUGUGGAUGACGCUCUUCACCAAACACUCUCAUCGCAAAACCCCAGCAUCAGCUUUACCCUUGGACAACAGUUUAGCAGCAGUGCGACCGUGCAAAUUACCCUGCCUUAUGCCGCCUUUGACCUGGAGGCAUCUGCACCCUAUCGGGGACUGCAACAAAAGACUAGAUACUUUCCCAUCCGACGAGCCAAUGUGUCAGACAACUGGACACUAGGGAGGACCUUUUUGCAAGAGGCGUAUUUGACAGUGGACUGGGAGCGUCAGAAUUUCACGGUAUCCGCUGUCGACUGGACGUUUGGAAAGGCGCCGCAGAUACUCCCAAUUGUCUCACCUGCCUACUCGGUUGCUCACUCCAAGACAUCUUCAAAAAAGCCCCUAUCCCCAACCGCAGUCAUUGGCCUUGCAGUGGGAGGUGGUUUUUUCUUUGCCUUGGUCAUAUGCGCCGUUGGAUUGUGGUUUUGGCGUCGACGCACUCAACGGAGACUGAAGGCGAUUGAGGCGAAAUAUCAAGCCCAAGCUGUAGAAGCUGCCAAGAACGUGGAAGAACCUUCGGCUCUAGCAACACGCAGCAGCACAGAGGGAAGGACGGUUAUCGCCAUGGCCGAAUUAUCCAGUGAUGCUCCUGAUAAUCAUCAAGCUGGUUCGAACGCGCAAGAGAAGGGACUGAUGAUGGUUAGUGAAGCCGACGGCGCAGAAAGACAAAUCUACGAAAUGCUUGGUGACAUACCGGCUCCCCAAGAAGCUGACGGGCGCCAACUGUCAGAGAAAGAGUCCAUGGUAAUACGCGAAAGGAUAUAUAACGGAGUAGAUCCGAGUGGAACAUCAGAUGUGGCGCAGGAGCCUCGAAACAGACUUGCACCCAUCUCUCCAUCCGAGGUCUCCAUUGUGAGCAGCCAGCUCCAACCUGGGAACGUAUCACCCACUACCCCGCGAACACCACGCGACGGUGCGCUCUUGGAGACUCCAAACCCAUUUCUGCACCCGCCGCCAUACCGCCCACGCGACGGCAGACGUACCGAGACAGACGAGACGCCCAUCUCGCCGUUGGAAGACUCAACGGAUGCGUCCCGGCGGCGGUUUUCUUACGAAUCAUGA